CAAAUUCAAGGUCUUCAGAGCAACUUGCUAAAGGCAAGUUUGUUGCAAGAAGCAAAGGAUCGAGAGGCAGAGGCCAUAAGAUAUGCGGAGAAGACGCUAGAAGUGCAAAAUGCCAGACAGGAAGAAACCAUCAAACAUCAAGCGGCCCAAAUUCAAGAUCUUCAGAGCAACUUGUUAAAGACAAGUUUGUUGCAAGAAGCAAAGGAUCAACAUGCAGAGGCCAUAAGAUAUGCUGAGAAGAUGCUAGAAGUGCAACAUGCCAGGCCAGAAGGAACCAUCAAACAGCAAGCGGCCCCAAUUCACAAUCUUCCGAGCAACUUGUUAAGGACAAGUUUAGCUGAUGUCCUUACAACAGAACUGGAAACUACAUCUUCAAAAUGUCUACACCUGGAUGCAAAAAAUCAAGUUCUUCAACAAGAGUUAUUAUCAAUGAAAUCUUUCGAAGAAGAACGUGAAAAACUAGAGAGCAAUAACAAGAAGUUACAGCAAGAAGUAGUAAAAUUGAAACAAUUUAUGGAAAUGAAUAUGGUAGAACGCAGUCAAGUGGAACAGUAUAAACGGGAGAUUGAAGAAAGAGCACGACUGGACAUAGAAGAAAAAUUACACGAAGUCAACCUGUUUUUACAGGCACAAGCAGCAGCUCAAGAAGACUUGGACCAGUUAAGAGAAAAUGCUCAUGCUUCAACGAGAAGUCAAAUGGAACUUAGAAUUAGAGAUCUGGAAUCUCAGGUCUCUACAAUGAAGACUUCUCAAGAAGAUUCGACUAAAACAGAGUUGGAAACCUACAGGCAACUCUACCUAGAAGAAUUAAAAGUUAGAAAGUCCUUGAGAAAUAAGCUGAACACGUAAGUCAAAACAGAAUCAU